CCAUGUGGCGCGCUAGGUGGGACCCCGGCGUCCUGAAGGCGGAGGCCCUGGCCCAGCUGCCCUGCGGCCUGGGCAUGGCGUUCUCCCAGUCCCACGUGAUGGCCGCGCGGAGGCACCAGCACAGCCGGCUCCUCGUCGAGGUGGACGAGUACAGCUCCAACCCCACCCAGGCCUUCACCUUCUACAACAUCAACCAGGGCCGCUUCCAGCCCCCGCACGUGCAGAUGGUGGACCCCGUGCCUCAUGAUGCCCCCAAGCCGCCUGGCUACACCCGCUUUGUCUGUGUGUCUGACACCCACUCGAGGACGGACCCCAUCCAGAUGCCCUACGGUGACGUACUGAUCCACGCCGGGGACUUCACGGAGCUGGGGCUCCCGAGUGAGGUGAAGAAAUUCAACGAGUGGCUGGGCAGCCUGCCGUACGAGUACAAGAUCGUGAUCGCUGGCAACCACGAGCUGACCUUCGACCAGGAGUUCAUGGCCGACCUCAUCAAGCAGGACUUUUACUACUUCCCCUCCGUGUCGAAGCUGAAGCCGGAGAACUACGAGAACGUGCAGUCGCUGCUGACCAACUGCAUCUACCUGCAGGACUCGGAGGUCACCGUGCGGGGCUUCCGGAUCUACGGCUCCCCGUGGCAGCCCUGGUUCUAUGGAUGGGGUUUUAACCUCCCGCGAGGCCAAGCGCUGCUCGAGAAAUGGAACCUCAUUCCCGAAGGCGUAGACAUCCUGAUAACCCACGGACCACCGCUGGGCUUCCUGGACUGGGUCCCCAAGAAGAUGCAGCGGGUGGGCUGCGUGGAGCUGCUCAACACGGUGCAGAGGCGCGUCCAGCCACGGCUGCACGUCUUCGGCCACAUCCACGAAGGGUACGGCGUCAUGGCGGAUGGGACGACCACCUAUGUGAACGCAUCUGUGUGCACCGUGAACUACCAACCUGUGAAUCCGCCCAUAGUCAUCGACCUCCCCACACCCCGGAACUCCUGACUGCCCCUGCGGCCCCCCACCCUUCCCACCCGCAUCAGCUCCACAUGCCUGGCCGAGAGCACGGACCCCCAACCACCCUUCCUUCCACGCAGACAGCCCGUCCGGUUGGGGACCAGCCCAGCAGAUGGGUUGAGGCCUUGGAAUGAAGAAGAUCACCUCUGACUCGUCAGCCUUCUGUCACCUGGAGUCAGGACCCUGCGGGUCCCCAGCAGGGGUUCUGCACUCAUUGCUAAUUUCUGCGUGUACAUUCCAUGUGUACCUUGUUAAAGGACCUGCUAAGCUCGUGGCCCCGUCCCGCUUGGGAAAUGACUGAAUCUUCAUCCUUCUCCGUUGGACACCCUUGUGGGUUUGGGAAGCCACGGCUCUUGGACAGAUUUUGGAAGUUCUCGCACAAAAUCUCCGUCUCACUGAGGGUCUGUGUGGCUGCAAGUCUCAGAGUUGGGGGGUGGUUGGAAGGUGUUGUAGCCUGGGUGCAGGCAGCCCUUCCUGUCCUCCCAAGCGGAGAGGGGACAUGCCUGCCACACGCGGAGGGCCUCCGAGGGAGCGAUCAGGGACGUCUCAGGAAUUCGGGCUGUGCCUGGCCAGGCCAGACAGCCGGUUGCCUCGUGUCGUUUGCCUGUCUUCUUCCUGUGGGCACUUUUGCUGAUGUGGACAGUGACCUGAGCAUCCCAGGCACCCUCUCGGAGCCUGGCCAUGGGCGGUUGGUUCUGCAGAAUGAGCCUGUUGAGGGCCCAGGACCAGCUGGCAGGUUCCCAAGUCACAGACGGCCCUGGUUCCGAUGGGGGCCGCGCUGGUCUGCAGAGCUCGGCUGCCUGGAGGGUCCACAGGCCCGUGCGGCCCCGCCACAUGUAUGCUCACGUGCGGGUGUGGGCACCCCCUCACGUGCCUGCACGCGCGCGCACACACACAGAGCCCUCUUCAUGUAACAAAGUGGACCUCGCGCUUCUCAUCCCUGCCCUGGAACGGGCUGUCCCCCCCGUGGGGCUCCCCUCGCCCCCCGGAGCCUGUCUGCGUGCCCACAGCUGAGGAAUGCUGAACGGCCCAGUUGUGUUGCCCGGUGGGACCCGCCCUCAGCUAGGAAGGUGGCUCGGAAGCAGAGCGGGGCCUGAGCUAUGGCAGUGCCACCCCGGGGGACUUCUUUUCCUUUUAAUUAGGACUGGGGGGUGGGCCACACGUCUGCGGGAGAGGAAGCAGUGGGGCCUGCUUAGGGUGAGAUGCGCGAGGCCCGACUGGUACGCUGCAGCGUUAGGCUCUGCCUGUAUUUAAAAUUGGGGUAUUUUCUUUAUCAUAGGUUUUUUUCCUGUAUCCAAUUUUCAUUUUUAAAACCAUUGCAUUAAAACAAUGUCAUGUGUCUUGACCACUGAGUUUUUUGGUGUCCCCUUAAAUUCUGCACCUGAGGGGAGUGUUGCUCACCCGCCCCUAGUCCCAGGCCUGGGAACCAGUAUUUAAUGAGCCCUUUGCAGAAAAAUCUCAUUUCAGGCAGUCCUCCUGCAAGGUUGGUACUGCUGGCCCCAUUUCAGAGAUGAGAUUGAGAUCAGAGAGGUGAGGUAACUUGCCUGAGGGUGCACAUCUCCAAAGGGGUAGAGGCAGGAUUUGAGCCUUGGUCUCUGGCUUCAUAGCCCCAGCUUUCCUACCACGCAGAGCUCCACCCGUACAAGGCAGUGCAUGGUCCAAGGCUCUUUUUUUUUCAGGGGUCAUGUUCAGCUCCUGUCGGGUUCGUUAUUCAUAGAGGGCCCCUGGAGCCUUGGGGGAUCUUAUUCUCUGAGCCAAGCAUCCCAGGAGACCCAGACUCCUUCCCUGCUCGAGUGGGGUUCCCCAUGGGGCACGGGGCACCAUCCAGGGAGCCCAAUAAGAGCACCACACUGGCCGAGGCCAGCUUCGCUCUGUGGGGUGGGGGGCUGCAGGAAUCCCAUUCGGCCCCAGUGGUUCCUGGUAGCCGGGGAUGUUUACAGGGCCGCCGGGGCCCCCCAGAUGCACGGCGUGUGUGCACGCGUUGGGUGGAGAAGACUCCAGGCCCUUUCCGUCGCCUCUAUUGAAUUUCUAUGCGGACCAAGAACUAUAAGCUUAAAAUAAAUUUUUUUCCUAAGGUAUCUUCAGAAUAUGGUGUAUUUUUAUGUGCAAAAGAAAAGUUAUGAAGGCAGCUGUUACUUUAAAAGAAAAUUCAUUAAAAGUCCUCGAGGUGUGAACGACCACAGUGUGCUCCUCAGUCAUUUCAGCAUAACUUGAUUGUGGCUGUAAUUUUUUUCUCUGUCAAGCAU